AUGGCUGAGCCUCCCAAUUCCACAUGCAACCAGACCAGCCUUGCCUGUGUGAGCAGCAUGGCUGAGCCCAAUUCCACAUGCAACCAGACCACUCUGUACGAAGAGAGCAGGUUGCUUCUGGUUGCGGUGUACAGCAUCGUCUUUACUGUGGGCGUGCCGGCCAACUUCAUGACCGCCGUCUUGACCUCUGUCCAGAUCCACAGGGGAAACAUUCUCUCCAUCUACCUGUUUGGCCUGUCGCUGUGCGAGUUGAUGUACCUGAGCACCCUCCCCCACUGGAUCAUCUACGUGCAGAACGGCCACUGCUGGACGAUGGGGGAAACAGCUUGCAAAGUGAUCGGAUACAUCUUUUUCUGCAACAUCUACAUCAGCAUUCUCCUCCUGUGCUGCAUUUCCAUCGAUCGCUACGUGGCGGUGGUGUACCCGUUGCGGAGCAGAGGGUUGCGGAACCAGAGGAUCGCCACGGGGGUUACGUCGACCCUCUUUGCCAUCGUUGCUGCGAUCUAUAGCCCCGUGUUUUUCGACCCCAACAUCCAGGCUCCAAACACCACCACCUGCUUUGAAAGCUCUCUCAACAACCAACUGGCCACCUUCAACAUCAUCCGCUUCCUCGUCGGCUUCGCCAUCCCUUUCACGAUCCUCAUUGUCACGAACUACAAAAUCUUUCAAAACAUUAAAAUCAGCUGCAGCUUGAGCCCGCAGAAGAAAUCUAAAGUGAAGUACCUGGCCAUUGCGAUUAUCUCCAUCUUUGUGGUCUGCUUCGCUCCUUACCAUUUUGACUUGCUUGCACGAGCUGUCUGUUUUCAUCUCCAUUGGCACCUAAAGGUUGAGAACAAAAUAUCUACCAUAUUCCUGUGUUUGUCCACCGCUAACAGUGUCGCAGACCCAUUUAUUUACGUGCUGGCCAGCGAAAAUGCGAGAAAUGAGAUAUGUCGAACUUUCAGGUCGGCCGGGGUUCGUUUCUUGAACGAAUCCAAGACGGAGAGUAACAAGCCCAACAGCACCCAAAAGACACCGGCGGAUCCUUCAGAGGCACAUAAGGAGGAGAGGUAGCAUCUCCUUAAUGAAAAGUUUGUAUCAAAAAGGAAGGCAGACAAUUUUCUUAUCAGGAAUGACCUCUUUCUUCCUAUGUCCAAGAGACUCAGCAAGACCCUGCUCCUUUCCUCUUGCACAGAG